AAAGGAUAAGUCCUGUUGAAUUUUUUGACCACAUUUCUGUGCUAAUUAAUCCGCAUUGAUCUUAUUGAAAUUAGAAAGCUUUUCGGCUCCAUAAAUAUCCUCCUGUCAGUGCUGUUAGCGUGUAGAGCAUUGAUCCUGAAACGCAGGAAAAGAUUUUGCUUGAUAAUAAAGGCCAUGGCGGCUGCAGCGCGGAGGAUUGCAUCUUCUAUUAUCUCACCAUCUUCUUACUCUGUUCUUCGUUCUUCUUCCUCUUAUCUGCUUCGAGGGAGAAUUGCUGGUGUUUCUUCUGGGAUUCAAAGGCUCAGCACUGCUGCUGCUGCUUUGGAAGAACCAAUAACACCUCCAGUUCAAGUGAACUACACUAAACUUCUUAUCAAUGGCCAAUUUGUUGACGCGGUAUCAGGAAAGACUUUCCCAACCUUAGAUCCCAGAACUGCAGAAGUUAUAGCUCACGUAGCUGAAGCAGAUGCAGAAGAUGUUGACAGAGCUGUUGCGGCUGCUCGUAAGGCAUUCGAUGAAGGCCCAUGGCCAAAGAUGUCAGCCUAUGAAAGAUCGCGCAUUUUAUAUCGAUUUGCAGAUUUGAUUGAGAAGCACAAUGAUGAGAUUGCUGCACUUGAGACUUGGGACAAUGGGAAGCCUUAUGAGCAGGCUGCCCAUGGUGAGAUCCCAAUGGUUGCUCGUUUGUUUAGAUAUUAUGCAGGUUGGGCAGAUAAAAUACAUGGAAUGAUUGUUCCUGCGCAUGUGCAAGUAUUGCAUGAACCUAUUGGUGUUGCAGGCCAAAUAAUUCCAUGGAAUUUUCCUCUUCUCAUGUUUGCUUGGAAGGUUGGGCCAGCGCUUGCAUGUGGGAAUUCAAUUGUGCUGAAGACUGCAGAGCAGACUCCAUUAUCUGCAUUAGUAGCAGCUAAAUUACUACAUGAGGCAGGCCUCCCUGAUGGUGUGCUUAAUGUACUCUCUGGAUAUGGCCCAACCGCUGGUGCUGCUCUUGCUAGUCACAUGGAUGUUGAUAAGCUUGCCUUUACUGGCUCAACUAGUACAGGAAAGGUUGUUCAGGAAAUGGCUGCAAGAAGCAACCUUAAACCAGUGACUUUAGAGCUUGGGGGUAAAUCUCCCAUGAUUAUUAUGGAUGAUGCCGAUAUUGACCAAGCAGUGGAGCUUGCCCAUUUUGCUUUGUUCUUCAAUCAGGGACAAUGUUGCUGUGCUGGCUCACGUACUUUUGUUCAUGAGCGCAUAUACGAUGAAUUUGUGGAGAAAGCAAAGGCUAGAGCUUUAAAGCGUGUCGUGGGUGACCCAUUCAAGAAGGGUGUGGAGCAAGGCCCUCAGAUUGAUGAGGAGCAAUUCAACAAGAUCCUGCACUUCAUAAAGUCUGGGGUUGAAGAAGGGGCUACACUUGUUUCUGGAGGUGAGAGACACGGUGACCGGGGAUAUUUCAUUAAACCUACCAUUUUUUCAGAUGUCAAGGAUGGAAUGGAGAUAGCAAAGCAUGAGAUCUUCGGGCCAGUUCAAUCGAUCUUGAAAUUUUCAGAUCUUAACGAGGUAAUUAAAAGAUCAAAUGCGAGUGCUUACGGGUUGGCUGCAGGAGUCUUCACCACAAACUUGGACACUGCUAAUACCCUAAUGAGGGCUUUGAGAGUUGGGACUAUAUGGAUCAACAGCUUCGAUAUCUUCGACGCGGCGAUACCGUUUGGUGGGUUUAAGAUGAGCGGCUAUGGCCGCGAAAAGGGUUUGGAUAGCCUCAAAAACUAUCUGCAGAUUAAGGCUGUUGUUACUCACCUCAAGAACCCUGCAUGGUUGUAAUUUGUUGUGAUGAAGUAUUUGUUUGGGAUGGAGCUUGAGCAACUGCUACUUCUAAAUGUUGAAUAAAUUUUGUGUUGUUUGUCUUA